AUGACUCUCACUGCCACCACCGUGGCGGCGAUGGCUGCGAUGGCUGUGGAUCUGCCGGCUCUAUCACUGAGAGCAUGCUCCGUUCUCUUGUUUACAGUGUCCACUGGGAUGUCACUUGUAAUGAGCAAAAUCCAGCCCUUACAACUGGCUGAAGAGCAACGCAAUGCCUCAAGGUUGUUCAAGCAGCUCCAGAGCGAGAUCAAGUCGAUGCUCGCCCUCCAAUCCUCGACUGAAUCAGACGUAGAGGACACGAAAGAGAAGGUGCUGGCCCUUGAUAGGGCUUAUCCACUGCCUCUGCUUGGAGCGAUGCUCGAGAAGUUCCCCAUGAAAUUUGAGCCUGCCGCAUGGUGGCCUAGGGUUUUCAACAACCGCGGCCAAUCCCGAGGGCGCAAAACCGUCACAAACACAGAGCGAAACGGAUGGAGCGAGGAGCUAGAAGUGGAGAUGAGAGCCAUCGUCCAAGUCCUCAAGAGCAAAGACAAGCAAGAGUACUUGAGGCUCGGGAAUUUGGCCCUAAAAUUGAAUAAGAUGAUGGCGGUUUCUGCUCCUUUGCUGGCCGGCAUGGCUGUGGCCGGAUCAGCCUUUGGUGGCUUGACAGCCAUGACGGUGGCGGCCAUUGCUGGUGCAAUGGCGGCUAUCAUCAACGUCAUCGAGCAUGGAGGUCAAGUUGGUAUGGUCGUGGAGAUGUACAGAAACUAUGCAGGGUUCUUCGAUCUUAGGGAAGAGACGAUCAAAGCGACGCUAGAAGAGAGCGACUACAGCAAGAGAGAGAACGGAGAGAUGUUCGAGAUGAAGGUGGCGAUGAAGCUGGGGCAGAGCUUGUCACAGCUCCGAGAUUUAGCAAAAAAAUCAAGGGCUUCUGGUAUAGAAGAGGUGGAUGAGUUUGGAAGCCAGCUUUUCUGA